UUGAGCGUGGCCAGGCCAUCUUCAGAGUCUGCAGGGUAAGGGGCACAGGGGGCAGCGACGCCGAGGACGCGAGCGCGCACCAGAGAGAGGGCGAGAAGGACACGGGGAGCCGGGUAGAGCUUUCGCGCACAGCCGCCAGCUGGCCGCUCCCCGCCCGAACCUGUCCCCAGGAACGCGUGUCACGGCUCUCAGUCCGGCCAGCGGCGCGGACAGCUCGGCGCUCGCCGCAGCGAGGCCCGGGGCGGCCCUGCAGGGACCCCCCCUCCAAGCCCGCCGGGCCGCCCGGAUGUGCACUAAAAUGGAACAGCCCUUCUACCACGACGACUCGUACGGAACAGCGGGCUACGGCCGGGCCCCUGGCGGCCUCUCUCUACACGAGUACAAACUCCUGAAACCCAGCCUGGCACUCAACCUGCCCGACCCCUACCGGAGCCUUAAGGCGAGCGGCGCGCGGGGACCCGAGGGCAGCGGCGGGAGCAGCUACUUUUCCGGACAGGGCUCGGACACGGGCGCAUCGCUCAAGCUCGCCUCGUCGGAGCUGGAGCGCCUCAUCGUCCCCAACAGCAACGGCGUGAUCACGACUACGCCCACGCCACCAGGACAGUACUUUUACCCCCGUGGGGGUGGCAGCAGCGGAGGUGCAGGGGGUGCCGGAGGAGGAGGCGUCACCGAGGAGCAGGAGGGCUUCGCAGACGGUUUUGUAAAAGCCCUGGACGACUUACACAAAAUGAACCACGUGACGCCUCCCAACGUGUCCCUGGGCGCCAGUGGGGGACCCCCGGCCGGGCCUGGCGGCGUCUACGCGGGUCCCGAGCCACCUCCGGUCUACACCAACCUCAGCAGCUACUCCUCGGCCUCUACACCCUCCGGAGGCUCCGGGUCCGCCGUCGGGACAGGGAGCUCUUAUCCGACGGCCACCAUCAGCUACCUCCCCCACGCGCCACCCUUCGCCGGCGGCCACCCUGCGCAGCUGGGCCUGGGCCGGGGCGCCGCCACCUUCAAAGAGGAACCACAGACGGUGCCGGAGGCGCGCAGCCGCGACGCCACGCCGCCCAUGUCCCCCAUCAACAUGGAAGAUCAGGAGCGCAUCAAAGUGGAGCGCAAAAGGCUGCGGAACCGGCUGGCGGCCACCAAGUGCCGGAAGCGGAAGCUGGAGCGCAUCGCGCGCCUGGAGGACAAGGUGAAGACGCUCAAGGCCGAGAACGCGGGGCUGUCGAACACGGCCGGCCUCCUCCGGGAGCAGGUGGCCCAGCUCAAACAGAAGGUCAUGACCCACGUGAGCAACGGCUGCCAGCUGCUGCUCGGGGUCAAGGGACACGCCUUCUGA